AUGGCGGUCGCAUCGCCUUCAGCUCCCAGUUUCUCUGCCUCCUCCUUCUGCUGUAGGCGCACAGAGUCAACUCACCUCACUCGCUCCCUCCGUUUCUCAUCUUGUCCAGUGUUAACUCGUCCAAAUGGGAUCGUGACCCGCCCGGUGACUCACCGUCCAGCUAUCGUCUCCCGCCUCAACGCCUCAUCAACUCCGUCCGACGGAGAGCUGAUGUACGAGCUCAACAACAGUUACCGGCGGCGGAAGGGGCCGUGGCCGGUGUAUGUGACGCUGCCCAUGGAUGCCGUGGGUCCUUCCGCGCAGACGAUGAGGCGGAAGAAGGCGAUGGCACAGUCGUUCCGAGCCCUAGCGGCCGCGGGAGUUGAAGGAGUGGUGAUGGAGGUGUGGUGGGGACUGGUGGAGAGGGAAAUUCCGAGAAUUUACAACUGGCAGGGAUAUUUAGAAAUUGUUUUGUUGGCGCAACGAUUCGGACUGAAGGUUCGGGCCGUGAUGGCUUUUCAUCAAUGCGGUUCGGGCCCUGGUGAUCCCUUCUGGAUUCCUCUCCCUCAAUGGGUGCUUAAAGAAAUGGAUAAAGAUCCAGAUUUAGCAUGUUCUGACAGGUUUGGAAGGAGGAAUAUUGAAUACAUCUCCUUGGGAUGCGACAUUCUUCCUAUUCUCAAUGGACGAACGCCAAUCCAAGUAUAUGCAGAUUUCAUGAAGAACUUCAGAGAUACCUUCAGACUGUUUCUCGGUGGCAUUAUUACUGGGAUUCAAGUUGGAAUGGGACCAGGAGGUGAAUUAAGAUAUCCUUCUUGCCCUAGUCAAAAGCUGACACGGGCAUGGCGCUCUCGUGAACUUGGUGAAUUCCAAUGCUAUGAUAAGUAUAUGCUUGCAACCCUAAAUGCCUGCGCAUGGGAGAUAGGUAUGCGUGAGUGGGCAAAUGGGGGUCCUAUUGGUGCCAGUAAUUUAAUGCAAGAUCCUGAAAAUACCGACUUUUUCAAAACCAAUGGUUCUUGGAAUACACCAUAUGGAGAGUUCUUCCUCAGAUGGUACUCAGGAUUGCUACUUCUGCAUGGGGAAAGAAUUUGCCAGGAAGCAAAGUCAAUUUUUCGUGGUACUGAAAUUAAUAUGUCGGGGAAAGUGGCUGGGAUCCACUGGCAUUAUGGCACGCAAUCUCAUCCAUCAGAGUUGACAGCUGGCUAUUACAAUACCUCAAUCAGGGACGGAUUUCUACCAAUUGCACGCAUGUUUGGUAAGUAUGGGUUUACUAUGUGUUGUACGUGUUUUGAAAUGCAAGAUGCGGAAGAAAUGCAGAUAAAUGCAGUCAGUAGUCCCGAAGGUUUUCUUAAACAACUUCUUGUUGCUGCAAGAAUCUGCGAUAUUCCAUUCGAGGGAGAAAAUUCUGCUACUAACUUGGAUGAUGAGUCGUACCAACAGGUGUUAAAGAUGUCAAAGUUCUAUUCGGACGGUCUAGAAACACCUUCCUUUUCGUUUAACUUUGUUAGAAUGGACAAAAACUUGCUUGAAUCUCGCAAUUGGGUUAGUUUUACUCGUUUUGUGAGACAAAUGUCGGGUAUCAAUAUUUUUCGAGCCAAACUAAAUUUUGGAGGAGAUGAUGUGAUCCUUUCUUCUCCAUCUACUGCUGCUUACGCUGGAGCUAUUGUUGCAUAUUAG